CUGGCCUUCUUGCUUUCUCUUCUUCCCCAUCCUCCCUGACUUGUCACCGGUUCUCCUUUUUUUUCGUCCAUCUCUUUUUCAAUCCCUUCAAAAUGCGUGAGAUUGUUCACCUCCAAACCGGCCAGUGUGGUAACCAAAUUGGUGCCGCUUUCUGGCAAACCAUCUCUGGCGAGCAUGGUCUCGAUGGUGACGGACAGUACAAUGGUACCUCCGACCUCCAGCUCGAGCGUAUGAACGUCUACUUUAACCAUGCCAGCGGUGACAAGUACGUUCCCCGUGCCGUUCUCGUCGAUUUGGAGCCCGGUACCAUGGACGCUGUCCGCUCCGGUCCCUUCGGCAAGCUUUUCCGCCCCGACAACUUCGUCUUCGGUCAGUCCGGUGCUGGUAACAACUGGGCUAAGGGUCACUACACCGAGGGUGCCGAGCUUGUUGACCAGGUUCUCGAUGUCGUCCGCCGUGAAGCCGAGGGCUGUGAUUGCCUCCAGGGUUUCCAGAUCACCCACUCCCUGGGUGGUGGUACCGGUGCCGGUAUGGGUACACUUCUGAUCUCCAAGAUCCGUGAGGAGUUCCCCGACCGUAUGAUGGCCACCUUCUCCGUCGUCCCCUCCCCCAAGGUCUCCGACACCGUUGUUGAGCCUUACAACGCCACCCUCUCCGUCCACCAGCUUGUUGAGCACUCCGACGAGACCUUCUGUAUCGAUAACGAGGCUCUCUACGAUAUCUGCAUGCGUACCCUCAAGCUCUCCCAGCCCUCCUACGGUGACCUGAACCACCUCGUCUCCGCCGUCAUGUCCGGUGUGACCACCUCCCUCCGUUUCCCCGGUCAGCUCAACUCCGAUCUCCGCAAGCUCGCCGUCAACAUGGUCCCAUUCCCUCGUCUGCACUUCUUCAUGGUCGGCUUCGCCCCCUGA